AUGGUCGCUCCACCUUCAACCGGUGGUGUCGCACCACAGGCUGCGACUGUGAAGCCAUCAUCAACCGCUUCGAGAAUGAAUGGUGCCCCUGCUCCCACUAUGGCCACGCCCUCGUUUCCCUACAGUGCCCGCCGUGCACCACCUCUUGAUUUGCGAACCGUCGAGCGCAAGGGCCAUGUCUACAGUCGCGAUCCCCCAGCAAGAAGGAGACUCCAUGACCUCCCAGAAGCGCCGACUUUCCGGCCCACGGAGGUAGAAUUUCGUGAUCCGAUGGAGUAUAUUCGCAGUAUUUCAGAAAAGGCCAGCAAGUACGGAAUUUGCAAGAUAAUCCCGCCAGACAACUGGAAUCCGGAUUUCGCCAUAGACACAGAGCGCUUCCAUUUUCGCACUCGGCGCCAGGAGAUCAAUCUGGUCGAAGGAGGGAACCGCACAAAUCUCAACUACCUAGACCAACUGGCCAAGUUCCACAAACAGUAUGGUGCACAUCUCAAUCGUUUUCCCUCGGUCGACAAGCGUCCGCUGGACCUUUAUAAACUCAAGAAAGCUGUCGAAGUCCGAGGUGGCUUCGAACGGGUCUGCAAGGACAAGAAGUGGGCUGAGAUUGGGAGAGAUUUGGGAUACAGUGGAAAGAUAAUGUCAUCACUAUCCACAUCCCUGAAGAAUUCCUAUCAACGAUGGCUACAUCCCUAUGAGGAAUGGCUGAAAUACGCCAAACCUGGCGUUCAGCAGCAGCUCGAUAGCGAACAUGGCGGAGCGUACUCGCCCUCGGCUCUGCCCCAUCAGCCUAUGAUCACUCACCCACCUCCAUCACAAUCUGCUCCACCUGCUAUGGCAACAGAUUCUCCAAAACCCCAGCCGGCAAGGCCUCUGACUCCCCAAAUCCAGAAUUCUCCUGGCCCAUCGCAACAGCAGCCACUCGUACCCCCAGCACCUGCCGCCGCUCCACCCAGACCAGCAUCAUCGUCCGGCUUCACUGCGGUCAACAGUGGCUUCACCGCAGUGAACAACCCUUCAGGUUUCACCGCCAUCAAUACCCUCCCACCUCCUGCCGUCAAGAAGGAAGUCAACGGCAUGCCGUCAUCAAGUCAAAGUCCGGCUCCAUCCUUUCCCGCCAUUAAUGGGCCGACAAUCACGACAAUACAUACAUCUGGUCACCCAAUGCCGAAUGGGACACCGAAUCCGCUGAAGAGGGCCUUAAGCCACGAUAGCCUUAAUGGUGAGUCCGGCUCGGAGGGACUCGAUGGCGAAGGGGAUGCUGCAAAUGGCAGGCGGAGCAAGAGGCCUAAGAAGGAUGGCAUGCCCACUAUUCCAGGCAACCAUAUUCCUGCAAUGCGCCCGACAACCCCCCAAGUGCGCACUAAAACGGCACCGCGGAGGCAUGGCGAGAAAUGUGAGAAGUGCGGCAAGUCAGAUAACAAGGAGAGCAUCCUUGUUUGUGAUAGCUGCGAUACGGGCUACCACAAGCAUUGUGUCGACCCUCCCUUGAGCCACGUGCCCGAAUAUGACUGGCACUGUUCAAAAUGCCUCGUUGGGACGAACGACUAUGGUUUCGAAGAAGGAAGCGUCUACUCUCUGAAGCAAUUUCAAGAAAAGGCCAACAACUUCAAAGAGCACUACUUUUCCGCUCGGAUGCCCUUCGACCCUGUUUCAAAUACGCCAAAGAAGCCGACCGAGGACGAUGUCGAACGUGAGUUCUGGAGACUAGUCGAAGACAUCACCGAGUCAGUCGAGGUUGAGUACGGUGCUGACAUUCACUCGACAACUCAUGGCAGCGGGUUUCCGACAGUGGAGAAAAAUCCGCUCAACCCGUAUUCCAAAGAUCCGUGGAACCUGAAUGUCAUGCCCUUCCUCGAAGAAUCGCUGUUCAGACACAUUAAGGGUGAUAUUUCUGGAAUGACAGUGCCGUGGCUGUAUGUGGGCAUGUGCUUCUCGACUUUCUGCUGGCACAAUGAAGAUCACUAUGCAUAUUCAGCAAACUAUCAGCACUUUGGAGCGACCAAGACGUGGUACGGCAUCCCUGGAAAGGACGCGUAUCGUUUCGAAGAUGCAAUGCGAAAGGCAGUACCGGAAUUGUUCGAGACCCAGCCUGAUUUACUCUUUCAAUUGGUCACGAUUCUUCCACCACAUCAGCUGAGAAAGGCUGGAGUUGAGGUUUACGCACUCGACCAACGCGCAGGUCAAUUCGUUAUCACUUUUCCUCAAGCUUACCAUGCAGGGUUCAAUCAUGGCUUCAAUUUCAACGAAGCGGUUAAUUUUGCGCCUGCCGAUUGGGAACCGUUCGGCGAGGCGGGUGUGCAGCGACUGCAGGAGUUCCGCCGUCAACCCUGCUUUUCGCAUGACGAGCUUCUCUUCACAGCCGCUGCUUCAGAUACUACAAUCAAGACUGCAAAGUGGCUUGGACCUGCGCUUGAGCGAACUCGAGCCCGGGAAUUGGCCGAACGUCAAAGUUUUGUGACACUUCACAAGCGGCAAUUCCCCCACGACGACUGUACGUUCGACACAUUGGCUCCUGAGCCGUCGGAAUCUUGUGGCCUCAUCAUCAAGAUAGAAAACGCCGAGCUUGAAGAGGAUGAGUAUCAGUGCUGCUAUUGUAAAGCGUUUUCGUUCCUUUCGCAGUUCAGGUGCCACCGCAGCGGCAAAGUCGCUUGUCUCCUGCAUCCCGAAGUGUCUGAUUGCUGCUCUGACUCUCCCAGUGAAAGAUUGAGGGGGCCCAACCAUAGUCUUCUGGUCCGCUAUACCAAUCAGGAGCUGAGCAAUAUCGUUCAGAAAGUGGUGGACAAAGCCAACGUACCUGAAGCUUGGGAGGCAAAGGUAGAGGCUCUGCUGGCAAAUGAUGCUCGGCCUGCGCUCAAGUCAAUGCACACGCUGCUAUCGGAGGGUGAGAAGAUCCCACAUACCUUGAAGGGUUUGGACGAUCUGGCGGAUUUUGUCAAGAAGUGCGACCAAUGGGUGGAAGAGGCGAACCUGUACCUCACCAGAAAGCAGCAAAACAGACGAAAGAAUGAGAAGGCUUGGCGUCGAUCUUCCCUCCGGAGCGGUAAGCCAGAGGACAAGGAAACCGAGCCUCAGCUCACUGUGGAACGCAUGAAAGAGUUGAUUGAAGAUGGAGAUCUGCUCGGGUUCAGUGCACCUCAGCUCGAAAGCUUGAAAGAAAAGGUCACCGUUGUCGACGAAUGGCGGGCGAACGUGAACCGCAUUCUCACGGGCCAGCACCAAGCGGCGUCCGAUGAAUUGGAAGGUCUACUCGAGGAAGGCCGCGGGUUCAUGGCCGCUAUGCCUGAACUUACAAACUUAGAGCAAGUUUACGCGCGCACUCACUGGCUCGAAGAGGUUCGACAGGUUCAAAAAGACGUGCAGUCGAAGACACUUGAUGACUGCAAAGAGCUUCUCAAGCGUGCUGCAGAACUGGAGAUCUCACCUCAGAUGCCAGAAAUCUUGUUCUUGACGGAAGUGGUGAGACAAGGUGAGUUCUGGGAGAUCAAAGCAAAAGAAGUCAUGGCAGCCGAGGAUGUGCACUAUCCACAGCUGGAAUCGCUGCAUUCCCAAGUGCAGAAUCAGGUUUUCCCUGUCAAUAAGGAGACCUUGGAGCAGAUGGAUGUCAUUCUAGCCAAGAAUCGCGAGGCUAAACGCCAGAUAAUCACCUUGGUCGAACGAAGCCAUGAUCCAGAUUUGCGCAAGCGCCCAAUGUAUGCGCAUGUAAGGGAUGUCGUCAAGAGCUUUGAGGACCUGAACGGAAAACCCCACGGCGCUUCCGAUUUGGAGAAAGAAUUGCGAAGACAUGAAGAUUGGAUGAGAAGGGGCAAAAAGCUCUUCGGCAAGGCGAACGCUCCGCUCCACAUUCUCGAACAACAUAUGAAAUUUGUGGAGGAGAAGAACAAUUUCUGCUUCGACCUGAAUGACACAUUCAGGCCCCCGGUUGAGCCCGCGUCCCGAGAAGCCACGCCCGUUGAGGGCCAGGAGAAGGGCGCGCUCGGUGAUGAAGAAAAGCCUGUUUUCUGUAUCUGUCGUCAACCCGAGGCAGGGCUCAUGAUCGAGUGCGAGAUUUGUCAUGACUGGUACCAUGCAAAAUGCCUCAAGCUUGCCAGAGGAAAGGUCAAGGAAUGCGAGAUGUUUACCUGUCCUAUCUGCGAUUGGCGAGUCAAGAUCCCUCGCGAUGCAGCCCGACCAAAACUCGAAGAUCUACAAGCAUGGCAAGAUGAAAUCCAGGAUCUUCCCUUUCAACCGGAGGAAGAAGAGCUGCUCAGGCGAAUAAUCGACAAGGCGCAGGCAUUUCGCGAGUUUCUCAUGCGAUACACAACUGGCAGUCAACUUUGUAGGACAAUUGAGGAGAUGCCAGAAAUGCUGUUCUACCUGCGCAAGAUUGAGGGCGCAGAAGUUCUUCUGGCCUAUGAGACCAAUGUCCUGCGGCAGGAGCUGCACAAAUGGCAACCCAUUGCUCCCGAACCACCGCCUAUUCUGGACCAGAGUUUGUCGACACGAAAGCCCCGACCGACCAAGCAGCAGAAGCUGAUGAAGGAGCUGGGAGUCGAGAAACCCGAGGAUCUUCCACCGCACUUACGGACCAAGACCUAUGUGCGGAGAAAGACGCAGGAAUCCUUUGUUACUGGACCUCUGCUUCCGAAGCCUUCGACGCAAUCACCAUCAGCUCCGGGCUCCGCUGCGAGUCCUGGUCAGAACGGUGGAAGUGCAGAAGGCUCAUCUUCCAUGCAGAGGCAAGGUUCAAACGAGCAUACAGGACCCAAUAGGACGUUUGAACCUGGGUUCAUGUCCGGGUCAUCCUUUGCCGAACGUCGAGCUUCUCCCUUUUCACCCAACUCGCCGUCAUUGUUCAGCCCCACCAGGGAAGCACCACAUGAAGAGUUGAGGGAUCCGAUGAUGCCUACAUUCGGAGGAGAUAAUUCAGAAGGGCGAAACCACGACCCAUCAUUUCCCAUGUUUCGACCGGGGACUGGGUUGGGUCUGGAUGCCGACGACGACAUACGAAGUGGACUUGCCAAUGCAUCUGCCAGUGCGCCCAACUCUGCAAGAGAGGUCUCUCCGUCUGGAGGAGGUGAAUACGACAAUAUGUUUAUAGACAUGACGAAUCCAGAUGCGGACACGAGUAACGAUCCUGUGCCAAGUCUGGAACAAGAGGCCAGCCACGCAAGUGAGGCACUUGAUAUGAUUCGGACGGCGAGCAAUGACUCGGUAAACGACCAUGCGGACUUGGAGGAUGGAGAGAAUGUCUCGAAACACUUUGACGACUUUAUCAACGGAGACGGACCGAGUUGA